UCUCUUCAUAUCGCUCUGUCUCUUUUUCCUACCCCUUUUCCUUCUCCUUCUCUCUUUCUCGCUAUGUAUAGCGCAGCCUCCACCGUGAACAGCGCAGACUCUGCGUCUGCAGCAUCUCUCGCAAGGGAUGAUCUCUCGUUCAGUACCGAAAAUUUAUACGGCGCAAGUGAUACUGAGCAAGCAAAUAUCUCUCAUUGCGAGUCUGAAGUAGCGGACGAGUGGGUGAAUCGCAGAGCAGAGAUUUCCAGUAACGUCGAAUGGGAUAAACGCAGGGGGUCGCGUCGUUUCGCAUCUGCUCAGGUUGAGGGAAAGUCGCGGAACGUCCGAUUCGCACUACCGAUGGCAGAUCACGACAACAUUUACGACGACGAGGAGCUAGUUUCAGCCAACCCGAAUCAAAGGAACUGGCGCGGGAUUCUAAUAGCGUUGCUCGUGAUCGUCGCCGUCCUAGCUCUUAUCGUUACAUCCGUUGCUCUGCUUACACCUCCCGAUGACGGCCCGAGGGUGCGAGGAGCGCGAUUACGCCUCUCCGAGGUACUAUCCGGCGAGCUAUCUCCUUUAUUAUUCAACGGAUCCUGGGCGCGUAACUAUCACAUAUGCUACCGUGACCCUUGGGGUGGUAUUUCCUUGUUGGACGCCUCGGAUACGAACAUCGUGUCCCGCAGUUUAAUGCCGAACGAAACCUUCAGACGAUUGAAUCCUGCAAAGUUCUCCCUGUCGCCAGAUAAGAAGUACUUGCUCCUUGCUCAAAACGUAAAGAAGUUGUUUCGCUACUCAUAUUUAGCGCAGUACGUCAUUUACGACGUCAAUACACGGGAAUGCAUAGCGUUAACUCCUUAUCCUGAAAAGGACGUUCAUCCGUAUCUUUUACUGGCGCAAUGGACUCCACGUGGCAAUGGGAUCGUUAUGGUACAGGACUACGAUAUUUACUACAGGACGAGCCCUAUGAGCAACAUCGGUUAUCGCGUAACCAACACCGCCGUGCCUGGAAUAUUGUCAAACGGCGUGCCGGACUGGUUGUACGAAGAGGAGAUAUUACAUAGCGCAGAAGCGGUCUGGAUGUCAUCGGAUGGUCACUUGAUGCUUUACGCCUCGUUCAAUGACUCCCUCGUGGAGGAGAUGCACAUUUCUUGGUUCGGGGAGGGGAAUAAGGCACUGUAUCCUGAUAUACGAUCCUUACGGUACCCAAAGCCUGGAACACCAAAUCCUUCGGUACGAUUGUACGUUGCUGAUCUAGUCGACCCGAAUAACAUUCAUACGAAGGUAGUGAAACCGCCACCUAUCAUCGAGCAUGUGGAUCAUUACUUCUCAACCGCUUCUUGGGUGUCUCUGACAGAAGUCUGCAUAACGUGGUUGACGCGCGCCCAGAAUCUUUCAGUGGUGACCAUCUGUAAGAGUCCAAUGUGGCACUGUCAGGAAAUACAAAGGAUAACGGGCGAGGGUCGCGGAUGGGUGGACACUCCUCCGGAGGCUCCCCUUUUUUCGACAAACGGCAGCAGUUAUGUCGCAAUAAGUCCUGUGAAAGACGGACCGGCGGGAUAUUACAAGCAUAUAAUUUGGACGAAUGUGCUUCGCAAACAAGUAGUGCCUUUGACGCAUGGCAAAUUCGAAGUCGUCAGGAUUUUAGUAUGGGACCAAACGAACAAUACUAUAUAUUUCAUCGGUAUUCCAUCCAUGAGACCGGGCCAAAGACACCUCUAUCGCGUAAGCUCCGCUCUACCACUUAUGGGAUCGCCUCUGCAUCCUGCGGUAUGUCUCACCUGCAUCACUUCGUCCGGCGUGACGAGCGACGACGAAAACGGGCAUUGGAUCGGUACCCCGAAUCGACAGAACGGUCAGGCCACUCGGGACGAGUGGCAUGACGAUUACGAGACUCAGACAGACAGUACCGACAAUAAGGAACACCGCCAACUCUCCAAAAAGGACAAGUCGAAAAACAAGAAUACCUCGAAUUGUGACGUUCUUUCUUUCUCCUCGGAUACGGAUGAGACACAACAACAUCCUAAAGAGGAGAACGGCGAUCCGCCCUGUCAAUAUCACAACGCGAUCUUUCCGCCCGACGGUCUCGAGUACUUCGUCCUUGAGUGCCUCGGACCUGGCGUGCCCACCGUGAGUCUGUACAAAACGGAGAUGCCCGCACCGCGACUUAUCACCAUGUUGCAGAGCAACACGUUGUUGCGUGAAAGAAUAGCAAAUAUCGCACUACCACAGGUAAAAACGUUCCCCGUGCAAAUAAGCGGUGGCUACAACGCCCAGGUGAGAUUGCACCUGCCACCUGGACUCAGAGAAGACGAGAUCACACGCUAUCCAUUGGUCGUCCAGGUGUAUGGCGCUCCUGGGUCGCAACUGGUCACAGAGAUAUUCAAGGUGGAUUGGAAUACAUACUUAGCCAGUCGGAAGAACGUCAUUGUUGCGCAGAUCGAUGGUAGAGGAAGCGGUGGACAAGGUUACAAGCUACUCCACGAAGUUUAUUACAGGCUAGGUUUUGUGGAAGUGACUGAUCAACUCGAAGUUACAGAAUAUUUACGAGAUUCCUUGCACUUCGUGGACAAGCGAAGAGUCGCUGUUUGGGGUUGGAGUUACGGCGGAUUCAUCGCCGCGCUCGUUUUGGCUCAUCCGGAGCAGGAUGUGUUCCAAUGCGGUAUAAGCGUCGCACCUGUCGUCUCCUGGGAACUUUACGAUUCCGCGUACGCCGAGAGAUACAUGGGUCUACCGAACGUAACGUCGAACUACAAAGGCUACGCUGAAUCCAAUGUUUACGACAAAGUCGAGCAUCUGCAUGACAAGAUGUUUUAUUUGGUGCACGGGACUGCGGACGACAACGUCCAAUUCCAACAGUCCAUGGCGCUUGCCCGCCAUCUCGCUAAGAAAGGCAUACUCUUUCGGCAGCAGGUCUAUCCGGACGUAAGCCACACCUUGGCGGGCGUGAAGGGACAUUUGUACCUCUCGAUGGCGCAGUUCUUGGAGGACUGUUUCCAGAAACAAGUACCUGUCGACACGAAAGCCGGACUCGGCAGCGGCGGCUCCGGCGGCGUGUAGUGAUGCGUAUUAAAAAGAUGACGAUAAUUAUUAAAGAUUAUUAAUAUGGCGAAGUUGCGUAAGGGAGAAAAAGAGAAACAAAGAAAGAAAGAAAAAAAAAAAAACAAAACAAGAAGAAGAACGUGAAAAUCUAAACAUCUCCAAAUUGUGUUCUGUUUAAUAGAGUAUUUACAGAGGACACGCGCGUGGCCCAUCGUUUUGUACUCCGACCCUCGAAAUUACAAAAAAUGGAACGAGAAGUAUCUGCGAACGAGUAAUGCAUCCCGUGCGCGAUUUCCAAUGCGUUUACACCGGUUAAAAAAAGCACGCAUCGGCCAUCACCACGAUACAAUCAAAUAAAUAGUCUAUGAUA